AUGGGCUACCGGACCCCGCGCAGCGGCGGCGGCCGACGGUUAAUGUACAAUAGCGGCGGCGGGGGCGGUGGCAGCAGCAGAAAGACGACGACCCCUUAUACACCCAACCGCAGCGGCGGCGGGGGCGGUGGCAGGACAUAUUCCCCAUCGCCCCCUCCCUCGCAAAAGAAGCGCCUCGACGGGCUAUUCCUCGAAGGAAACUGGUACUGCAACUGCCAGCCGCGGAACACGGCCAAGUUCCUACAAGUCAGCAAGAACACGGCCAACAGGGGCCGGUGGUUCUACACGUGCGAGAAGAGGCGCGGCGGCUGCAACUUCUUCCUGUGGGCCGAGGACGCGGAGAACAGGGCCGAGGGGGCAACCAUGACGCUGCCGCCCAUGCCGCAGGAUGGUGCCGCUGCUGCUGCUACAACGCCUCGGCGGACGACGACUGGUCAGACUCAGGGUGGCUUCACGCCGAGUACGGCUUCCACCAUCAAACCCGCUGCGAGUGCGGGAGCGCUGGCUCAUUCUUCGACGGCCAUGACGGAACCGCCUUCGUCGCCCACGGCGCAGAGAAGCGCCGCUAAGCAAAAGUUCAUGGAUACCUACUUCAAGAAUCGACCCGUCCAGGUGCCCGAGGAGGAAGAGCCGAACGAUCUCAUGGUCACGGACGAAGAAGCCGAGCUUACAACCCCGGCGCAGAGAAAGAGGAAGAGAGUCCUCUUCGACUUUGACUCUGAUGACGACAACGGAGAAGAAGCACAGGGACAGGGGCAGGGAGGAGCUGGGACCGACGACUACGGUCUCGACGACGACGUCUCCUCGGACGAAGAGAGGGCCAUGACCGAGGCCAUGGAACGCAGCGCCAAGAAGCUUCGCACCGUGGGCGGCGGUGGUGGCGCGCCUUCCACGCCCGCUGCGCAGCGUACGGUGCACGACGGUGCGCUGCCUACGCCGCAGACUGUCAGCCGAACACUCUUCCCCGGCGCGAAGCGCCGCAAGGUCGGCGAGGACGUCGUCGGGGAGAUCUCUCCGGGCAACGCAUCCUUUUCGACGAGCACUUCGUCAGCGACACUCGGACGCUCAACAGCAGCAGGGGGAACAGGCGCCCCCCCUUCCUCCUCGCCGCCAACCUCGACCCCCCAAGAAGAGCAGCUCGAUCCAACAGAGGAAGUCAUGGACCUACUACGCCAGGGUCAGAAGGGCGUGGGCGUAGAUGACGCCACCGCGCGCGACGUCAGAGCCGUGCUGGGCCGGUUCGCGAUGAAGGCCAAAGGGCUGGCGCGGGGCCGGGACACGGUGCGGACGGCGCUCAAGGCCAAGGACGAGAAGAUUGCGGAGCUGCAGGAGCGGGUUGCGAGUCUGGAGGCCCGGGCGAGGACGCAGAGGGAGCAGAUUGCGGAUUUCAAGGCUGGUAUGAUGGACUUGUACUCGAAGCAUUGA